AUGCAAACCAGACGACAGGGAUACGAACUAGUACCUUUUGACCCUGAAAUCGAAGCAAUAGCAAGAAGACUCAACUCUAGGCAAAGAAGGCGAAGAAACAAGAGAAGGGAAGAUUUGACCAUGGCUGAAACACCAGAGAAACUCCUUCUGGAUUACAUCACUCCCGAUGCUAGCAUUGUCACUACUAGCAUUGUGAGGCCAGAGAUUUUCGGGAACCAGUAUGAGAUCCGGUCAGCAUUCUUCAACUGGAUCGCUCAGGACCAAUUUCAUGGUAUGGAGAAUGAGAACCCAACCGACCACAUUAAUCUAUUCAUCGACAAGUGCAUGACACACAAGUACAACAACAUCACUUCCGAUCAAUUAAUGUUGAUAGCUUUCCCUUUUUCUCUUGCGGGGGCGGCUAAGCAAUGGCUUCGUGAGGAAGAACCCAACUCCAUUGCUACUUGGGAGGCUCUGAAAAAGCAAAAAGACGGGGAAUCAAUCUAUGAUGCAUGGGAGAGAUUCAAAAGUCUAAUCAGAAAGUGCCCAGAUCACGGAUUACCAGAUUGGAUGGUUAUUGAGACAGUCUACAACGCUUUGAGGCAUGAAAUCCAGACUUCUUUGGAUGCUGCUGGUGGAGGUAACUUCAUGAUGAAAACACUAACCCAGGCCAAGAAAAUUCUCGAUGACAUGGCCUCAAAUUACCACUUGCGAGAACAAUCAACUCCAAAGCGAGGUGGUAGGUAUGAAGUGGAUGCUAUUGUUGCUUUGACUAAUAAUGUACAGGCUUUGACAAGGAAGGUUGAGCAAUUGGUUGUAGCUGCAGUAAAUAAAGUCUGUGGUGCUUGUGGCUUAAAUGGGCAUUCUAGUGUUGAUUGCCAACAACAAGUUGAAGGGGCUGCUGCUGUAGAACAAGUCAACGCCAUCCAAAAUCAGAAUGCCAGACAACAAUACAACCCCUAUUCCAACACCUUCAACCCAGGAUGGAGGGAUCAUCCAAAUUUCUCCUACAGAAACAACAAUGCCCAAAAUCCCUCAUCCUCGUACAACAUACCAUCGGGUUUCCAACAAAGACCUCCCUUCCCACCUCAACAACAACAUCCACCGAAGUCCAACCUUGAGAGCUUGAUGGAGAACUUCAUUGCUAACCAAAGCAAGCAAAAUGAACACUUCAGCACCUCCAUUAAUCAGAUUUUAGCUCACAAAAAAAUGAUCGAUACUCAGAUGGCUCAGAUAGCACAACAAUUGAGUAACUUGUCCAUGCAAAAGGGGCAACUUCCGGGAAACACAGAAAAAAGAACCCAACCACAUCUCCCCAUCAACAACUCAAUGCAGUAA